AUGGACAGGCGGCCUUCACGAGAUUCUGGCCCCGAACCGAAGGAGAAGGAGAACGAGUCUCCCAAGCAAUUCGAGGUCUCAUUCCCCGCCCGAACGUGCAGCCACCGCCGCAAAGCCUCCCUCGUCAUGGCCGACGAGCCCCGAAUCGACCACACCGACGAAGCAACCGCGUGCUUCGUGCACUCCCUCAUCGCCGGCGAGGGCCCCAUGCCCGCGAAGAUCGCGAACUUCCGGAUCUCAAAAGACAAGUCGAAGCUCGAGGCGGAUAUACUAGAUAAAUCAGCGGACGCGGGCGCAGGCGCCCACGACGUCGCGAUCGCGGAGGAAGAUGAAGACGAAGAACCAGAACCAGACGGACAGGCCCUCCCGCGCGGGAAAUCGCCGGCGACGGAAGCCGUCGAGUCGCGGCACCUGACGAAGAAGCAGCUCUCCGACAUGGCAUGGAACGUGCGCAACCUCUCCAAGAAACUCGACUCCAUCCGGCUGAAGCUCAACGUGAAGUCCGUCUUCCUGGUCACAAAGGCAGGCGAUCUGUCGGUCGUCGACGCAACGCGGCAGGUCGCGCGGUGGCUGCUCUCCAAAGACCGCGGCACCGAGUACGCCGUGUACAUCGAGAACAGGCUGCGCGUGGAUCCGGAAUUCGACUACGGGGGACUGUUGGACGAAGAUGCCUCCAUCGAACCGCGCCUCAAGUUCUGGGAUACAAAGCUGGCCACUGAACAAGCGCACCUCUUUGACCUUGUCAUUGCGCUGGGUGGCGACGGAACGGUCCUAUAUACGUCCUGGCUCUUCCAGCAUAUCGUCCCGCCUGUCCUAUCCUUCAGCCUCGGGUCUCUCGGGUUCCUCACGAAAUUCGAUUUCAACGACUACCAGAAUAUCCUUUCGUCUGCGAUCCAGGACGGCGUCCUGGUUAGCCUACGACUACGCUUCGAGUGCACGAUCAUGCGGAGUAACCCGCGCUCCAAGGAGACGCCGGCCUCCAAGAAGGCGCGCGAUCUAGUGGACGAGCUGAUCGGCGAUGAGAGCGAGGGGUCGUUAAGUCAUCGUCCCGACGGCGUCAUGCAUAUCCUCAACGAUAUCGUCGUCGAUCGCGGGCCGAACCCAACAAUGUCCUCAAUCGAGCUCUUCGGCGGCGACGAACACUUCACAACCCUACAAGCCGACGGCGUCUGCAUCUCCACGCCCACCGGCUCAACAGCCUACAACAUGGCCGCCGGCGGCUCCCUAACGCACCCCGACAACCCCGUGAUCCUGAUAACCGCCAUCUGCGCACACACGCUCUCCUUCCGACCGAUCAUACUCCCGGACACGGUGGUUCUCCGCGUGGGCGUGCCGUACGACGCACGGACAAGCUCGUGGGCGAGCUUCGAUGGGCGCCAGCGCGUUGAGCUGCUGCCCGGCGACUACGUGACUGUUUCGGCGUCGCGGUAUCCGUUUGCGAAUGUGUUGCCGCAGCGCGGGAGGGGCGAUGAUUGGAUGCGCAGUUUGAGUAAGACGUUGAAUUGGAAUACGAGGCAGAGGCAGAAGGCUAUGGGGUGA